CCAACAUAUAGCUAGCAUACCGGUGCUGACAUCCAGUUCCCCACACAUACCUUCCCAACACAUGGCAGUAGCAUUGCGUGAGAUAAAUAUUGUGACAUGUUUUUGAAUUUGGUUACAAAUUACAGCUUUUAUACCAAAUUAUAAACUAUUUAAUAGUUUUUGUAGUUUUAUUUGACUUAUAAUUUGGACAAAAGUUGUCAUAUAAUCAGUGAUAAUAUGAUGUCAUCGACGAUAAGGCGCUCAUUCAAUGCACUUAAAUAUAUUCAUUGCAUUAGAUUCACGUGUUUAUCACACAAUGGUCUCAAUAAUCACCGCAAAUAUCAUGAUUUUGUGAUCAAAACUAUUUCACCAAACAUUCAUAGCAUGCAAAUGAGAUAUAUGUCUUCAGACACGUCCCGAAGUGAUGUGGAGUGGUGUGAAGACGUGGAGCCCAACAAAGUGAUGGACAGUGUGUCGGACAGUGUGUCGGACACCACUCGUGGCACUGACGGCACUACCUCCGGCCCCGACCUCCAAGUGCUCAACCAAUUCAACACUUCAAUCAUGAAUGAGACGAAAGGAGUGGACAGUCGUAUCCGCGAGUUUUGGCUCAAACACGACAUCGCAGUGCACGGAAGGGACGCCCCGUUGCCAGUGCUCGACAUGAAUGGCUUCUCGUGGCCGCCAGCCAUCCAACAGGCGCUCCAAUCGGACGGCCACUCGGCCCCCACACCCAUCCAGAGCCAGGGCUGGCCUAUAGUGCUGUUGGGGAGGGAUAUGGUGGGAGUGGCGCAGACGGGCUCCGGGAAGACGUUGUGCUAUGUUUUGCCCGCUUUUGUACGGAUCGCGAGGGAAGGCGUGCAAAGGGGGCCGAAGUGUGUGGUGUUGGCGCCCACU